AUGGCGACCAAACGUAUGGUGUAUGUUGGUGGUUUAGCAGAAGAAGUCGAUGAAAAGACACUUCAUGCAGCCUUGAUUCCGUUUGGAGAUAUCACAGAUGUACAAAUACCUUUAGAUUAUACAACGCAGAAACAUAGAGGCUUUGGGUUUGUCGAGUUUGAACUGCCUGAAGAUGCUGCAGCCGCUAUAGGUAACACGAGUUUUUUAUUCAAAUCAGCUGCAGUGAAGUACAUUUUUGUACGAGGAAUGUGUUAUGUACUUUAUACGUUUGCGUUUGAUAUGAAAGCAGACAAUGUUUCAAAGUUUUUUGUGACAGUUUUAAGUAAUAACUAUUUUUUCAUGCAUUUAUAGAAUUAUACUAUUAUAGUCAUGGAAACUAAAUUUUGUUUUUAAAUCUAAUUUCAGUGCUGAGAUCCUGCAUGAUAUUGUUCUUUUGUAUUUCAAAUGGGAAUUGCACUCGAGUUAGAUAAGGCUCGCGUGUUAAUAAUCUAAUGUUUGAUUUCCUUGUAUAGUAUUAUAGUGUUUAAUUUAAUAUUCAUUAUUUAUUUAGACAACAUGCAUGAGUCAGAAUUAUUUGGUCGAACUAUCCGAGUCAAUCUAGCGAAGCCAAUGAGAGUAAAAGAGGGGUCAUCACGGGCAAUUUGGAAAGACGAUGCUUGGAUGUCAAAACAUGUUGGGGAGACGCUUGAAUUAGAUAAGAAUAACAAGAAUGCUGAUUCAACCACUGCAGAGUCAGGCGAGAGUGCCAACAACAGCGAAACCAAGAGAAAUUAUAGAGUAUUUUUUGAUAUAAUGAUUGCAGAUCGUUCUGCAGGACGAAUCACUAUGGAACUACGUAAUGACGUGGUCCCGAAAACUGUUGAGAACUUCCGUUGUCUUUGCACAGAAGAGAAAGGGUUUGGGUAUAAGGGUAGUCCAUUUCACCGAGUUAUCCCACAGUUUAUGUGUCAGGGGGGUGACUUCACUAAAGGAAAUGGAACAGGGGGAAAAUCUAUUUAUGGGAAAAAAUUUGAAGAUGAAAAUUUUGUCCUCAAACAUACAGGACCAGGGAUGCUCUCAAUGGCUAACUCAGGGCCAAAUACCAAUGGCUCACAGUUUUUUAUAACAACAGAAAAAACAGACUGGCUCGACAACAAGCAUGUGGUUUUUGGCAGCGUUAUCGAUGGUAUGGAUGUUGUCAGGAAAAUGGAGGCUACUGGCUCUGCUUCAGGAAAGACAAGUAAAAAAAUUGUGAUUGAAAAUUGUGGACAACUUUGA